AUGACCCAAACCCCCGCCUCCAGGAUUCCUCCAUCUCAACCCCUCCCCUAUACGUACGCUACCUCCCAUCCAACCCUUUUGGCCACGAACACAUCAAACACCAACCUCACCUCCUCCACGAACCUCCCCUUCCACCCCCAUCUCUCCCACCUCCCUCAACUCCACCCUCACUCCUCCUCGACCCCAAUACUGAUCUCCAACUCCACCAGCCCACAUACUCCACGCACUACUAAAUCCCUCUUAAAAAAACCAAUCCAACUACUCCAUCCCCCCCCACCUCCAAGGCACAGUGACCGCCACCUUUCGCUCCUUCCCUCCCACUCCCGAUCUUCGACCGAUCCUGACCUACUUAGCUCCCCAUCACAGACCACCGACCACCCCCGUGCCACACCCCCGCACUCCCCCCUUCCUUCUAACAACUCUGCCGCAUCGCCAACCCCAGACUAA